AUGAUGAUAUCAAGGAGGAAAACCCCCAAUGACUUUUUAUUUAAGGAAGAACUAGGACAUGGAUCGUACUCGACUGUUUAUCGAGUAAUGGAUAAAUCAAAUCAAUUCCAGUAUGCGAUCAAGAUUUGCUCGAAAAGGCACAUAAUUAACGAAAAUAAGGUGAAAUAUGUGACUAUGGAAAAGGACAUCCUGAACUCUUUAGGUGCUCAGAAGCAUCCUGGGAUAAUUAAACUAUACUAUACUUUUCAUGACGAAGAAAAUCUGUAUUUUGUGCUUGACUUGGCUCCUGGAGGUGAAUUAUUGCAACUUCUGCAAAAGCGUGGGACAUUCACUGAAGUUUGGUCGAGACAUUUUAUGUGCCAGCUUAUUGAUGCUGUCGAGUACAUGCAUUCUAUGAGGGUUAUCCAUCGUGAUCUGAAACCAGAAAAUGUUUUGCUCGAUAGAGAGGGAAGAUUAAUGAUAACGGACUUUGGUGCGUCUUAUGUUGUUCCUCUUUACGGAGAUGAAGCUCAUCCUUCAUCGGAGAUGGAUGAGAUUACGGCUGCAAGUUCUUUUGUUGGGACUGCAGAGUAUGUGUCUCCAGAGCUAUUAUUAGAGUGUAAGUGCUAUUAUAGUUCUGACGUCUGGGCCCUUGGUUGCAUAUUAUAUCAGUUCUUACAAGGUAUACCUCCGUUUAGGGGAAACAAUGAGCUGGAAAGUUUUGAAAAAAUCGUUCAUCUAGAUUAUAAAUGGCACACACAGGUUAAUCCACUAGCAAUGGAUUUGGUUUCCAAAAUUUUAGUUUUGGAUCCGGCGGAAAGAUACACAAUACAGCAGAUCAAACGUCAUAAAUGGUUUGAAUCUGUAGACUGGAAUGACAAAGAGAGGAUAUGGAGAGGAAUUGGAACCUUUGCACCACCCACGGUUCCCUACAGAGUAAAUUCCAGAGGUAUUGAAACUAAUAUGAAAGAUAUCCCAGUGGCUACUCAAAGGAGGAAAAAACCUGCGAAAUUGAAUACAACUUCGAGGAUAGUUGAGUGGAGGAAGACUUUAGGAUUAAACAGCCAACCUUCUGCCUUGAAACCUGCCUUAGACAUUACUGGGUUACCUGUUGUAACAAAUAAGAGCACGCCUCCAAUUACCAAACCGAGAAGCAAAAAUGAUCUAUCACGACCUUUUUUACCGCAGCAAAUAGCUCCCAUACCGAGAUCUAGAGAGCGCGGCCCCGCAACUUCAAACAUUACUGGUUCGCAGAAUCAUACAAACUCAUCCUACAACAUUAUUAAGCAAGAUUGGGUUAAUAUAUGCUCGAUACCAUAUGAUCCGAAAGCAGAAGCCCUAACUAAGGACUCUUACCGCGUGGUUACUGACAAUUUAAUUAUGAAUUUAACCCAAAGUCAACUUAAUGAACUGAAUGCAGCCUCAAAACUGUGCCUACUGAGUCUUGAUAGGUCAGGUAAGCUUUCAUAUAUCUACCAGAAAGUAACAUACACUAUUGCAUUUUUUACCGAUCAAGACUUAUCAAUGUAUGAUUUGCAACUUGAAGAAUCUAAAGCUACUGGUUAUCUUAUUUUGGAGAAGUAUAGAAAAAUGGUGUGGAUCAUUUCAACACCUGAGAGAAUUCCGUAUAGUACGGGAUGUAUAAAUAUCGAGGAGCCUUGGGUUCAUUGCAUUUUUGAUGUGCGAAGAAUCUGUGAGAAAGCAGAGGAAGAAGAAGAGGAGUUAGUAGAGCGGUUAGGGAACGCACGGGUUACAAACCGUUCUCCAGAAAAACCGCAAUUCGGUAUCAGCGGACGUAGAGCAAGUAUAAUAAACCAAAGUCAAGUUCCUACUCCUCCGCCGUCGGCUCAUCCCGUUGCUGAAAAUUCGUAUUCAAAGGUAGUAUCGGCCCCAAGAAUUCCAGCUACUGCAUCUGUUGGUAGAAUACAGAGGCCUGUUGCGCAAAAGUCCGGAGUUCCAAAUAAUAUGAUUUUAUCAAGUAGCAGAUUCGAAGUUCUUAAUUCAGUAAACCAACGCGACGCUACUCAAAAUGAUUUAGCUUCAAGCGGUGCUAGUGCUGCUUUCAAAAAUAUAAAGGUACGCAGACAGUAA